UGAACCGUCUUACUUUUGAACACAGGUAGAUUUGAUUGGACUGCGAGCUUCUUCGAGUCGUGCGAGAAUCGAAUUGCGUCCACCCCGUUAUCAGUUUCGAAUACGAGUUUUCCAUUUGUCAGUGUCAAAUUCCCAUAUCCGCGCUGUGGAAUGCCAUACCUCACGAAGGCCAAAACUUAUGCGACCUAUUGAAGGAACAAUAACUCCGCUGUGGACCAUUGGGUCAUAGCUAGUGGUCCCACAUAUAAUUUGAUGUACCUUCGGCCGCUGCCUGUUGUGGGACUUGUUUCGCCGUUGUUCACGAGGUCUUAAAAAGAGGGCCCCUUCGAGCCAGCUUUCCAUAUCACCCACCCAUCAUGGAGACUAUUUCCCGAGCUUCAUUUGACAACCUUCCCACCGAGCUUGUCCUCCUCAUCCUGCAAUAUGCAGCCGAACCUACUUUUACCCAACCUGAGCAAUAUGUAGUCAAGAAUCCAUAUUCAACCGCUCGUACACUCUGUCUAGUGUCUCGAGCUGUCAGGCGUGUUGCAUUGCCCGAAAUGCUACAUACAGUAUUACUGGGCUUUCGCAACGUAAGAGCUUUCGCGCAUGCUUUACGCAUGCAGGCAGAAUACGCUCAGACAGAUUCCAGUCUCUGUCUUGCGUACACACGUUACACACGCAACAUUUGGAUCGGACAUCCCACCUCUGUACCUGAGUCAGACCUUGACCUCUUGGCUCCGGUACUCCUCAGCGCACCAUCGCUUGCAAUCGACUUUUUAAGCAUGGACCUUCUGACACGCUGCGUGGAGCAUGCAUGGACCCACAUGGACAAGAACAUCGACCGCCAACAUUCGCCACCUCCGUGGCGCACAAAAACCUUAACGCUAUCGGGGAUGGUGAUUUCCCCAUGGCACAUCACUACGCGGCGUCCCUCAGGAUCAGCCUUCCUGGCUUCCGUCGCUCACCUCGUCGUGCUCCCCCACACACAGAUAGACUCAAAUUUACAUGUCAUUCGUCGGAUUACGGGCGUUAUUGGAUUUCAAGACUACGCUCUCCCUCGGUGGAUGAGGCACGCUCCAUGGACUUCAUUUAGGAGGCUUGAAAGCAUCUCUUUAGCUUUCCCGCGUAUUAAACCCUCGCUCAAUGUAUAUGCAUUCAUCCGAGGAAUGAAUUUGCAGACGGAACUGUUGACGUUCCCCGCUUCCCUUGUGAAGGGCCACCGUGUGCCCCUGGAGAUAAAAGAGUCUGCGGAGACUGGAGACGGGCAUAUUUCUUUGAACGAUGUUUGUCUUGUGGUAUCUGACUCUCAGGUGCACUUUAGUGUAUUUCAUCAAGAGUGGGAGAAAGUUUGGGCAUGCGGAUUGUAUGCUGAAGGGGGAGCAGUGUCAUAAUACGAUUAAUUAUUCGAUAUACGUACGCCUUCGCAAUUGGAUUCCUGUAUCAAGUGUGUAUAAUACUUCUUG